GUCGGAUAUUUAGGGACCUAAUGGGGGGAGGAAUCCUACACGCUCGAGGCUCGCCUCCUAUCGAGCCCUAGCUCUCCCUCCACAAGCAAAGAAAGAAUUCCUCUCCUUUCCCGUCGCGUAGAAGCCGUGCUGUCUCUCUCGCUCGCUCGCUCUCUCUCUCUCCCGACCGACUUCGAAUACUCUGCUCACCGGCUUCGAGGGCCGACUGAUCUCUGGAAAACUGCAGACAUGGCAGGACUGACACCAGAAGGAUCUCAAUUCGAUGCUCGCCAAUUUGAUUCCAAGAUGAAUGAGCUGCUUACACAAGAUGGCCAGGAGUUUUUUACCUCAUAUGAUGAGGUCUAUGACACUUUUGAUUCCAUGAAUCUUCAAGAAAAUCUUUUGAGAGGCAUUUAUGCAUAUGGUUUUGAGAAGCCCUCUGCAAUUCAGCAAAGAGGAAUUGUUCCUUUCUGCAAGGGGCUUGAUGUUAUUCAGCAGGCACAAUCGGGGACAGGGAAAACUGCAACUUUCUGUUCUGGAAUUCUGCAGCAGCUUGACUAUGGAUUGGUUGAAUGCCAGGCUUUGGUUCUCGCUCCAACUAGAGAGCUAGCACAACAAAUUGAAAAGGUUAUGCGAGCGCUUGGUGACUAUCUUGGCGUGAAAGUUCAUGCUUGUGUGGGAGGAACUAGCGUUCGUGAGGAUCAACGUAUUCUUUCGAGUGGGGUUCAUGUUGUUGUGGGUACACCAGGUCGUGUGUUUGACAUGUUAAGGAGGCAGUCUCUCCGCCCUGAUUAUAUUAGGAUGUUUGUGUUGGAUGAAGCAGAUGAAAUGCUUUCACGUGGUUUCAAGGAUCAGAUAUACGACAUCUUCCAGCUUCUUCCUUCAAAAAUUCAGGUUGGGGUAUUCUCUGCCACAAUGCCCCCUGAAGCUCUUGAGAUUACUCGCAAGUUUAUGAACAAACCUGUGAGGAUCCUUGUAAAGCGAGAUGAGCUUACCUUGGAGGGUAUUAAGCAGUUCUAUGUCAAUGUUGAGAAAGAAGAGUGGAAGCUGGAGACCCUCUGUGACCUCUAUGAGACUUUGGCCAUUACACAGAGUGUGAUUUUCGUCAACACCCGGCGCAAGGUGGACUGGCUUACAGACAAGAUGAGGAGCAGGGAUCACACAGUCUCAGCUACCCAUGGUGACAUGGAUCAGAACACUAGGGAUAUUAUCAUGCGGGAGUUCCGUUCUGGUUCUUCUCGUGUACUUAUCACCACUGAUCUCCUGGCUCGUGGUAUUGAUGUCCAGCAGGUGUCCCUGGUCAUAAAUUAUGAUCUGCCAACCCAACCGGAGAACUAUCUCCAUCGUAUUGGACGAAGCGGACGUUUUGGAAGGAAGGGUGUUGCUAUCAACUUUGUCACUCGGGAAGAUGAAAGAAUGCUGUCUGACAUUCAGAGGUUCUACAAUGUCCUGGUUGAGGAGCUGCCAUCCAAUGUCGCCGACCUCCUCUGAUGAGUUUUGUUGUUGAACUUCAUAUUUAAUCUAUAUGUUCUGUCAGGUUUAUUAAUAAUCUCGUCAAAGUUGUCUGACUAUUUUUAGUGGCAUGAUUAGCAAAGACCUUUGAGUGGUGUUGGGUUCAUUUGCAAUGAUGGCGACCAAAAGCUAAUAAUUGUUCGCCUCAUCUUUGCAAAUUUUGUAGCAGCUUAGUUUGUGUUUUGUCUUGGAGACCUUAAAGGAGUCAUUUCGGAUCUGCUUGUCUUGAUGAAACUUGGGCUGAUGCUAAGUUUUACAGCAGGAAGGUUUACGCAUUAUAAUUACAUGAUAUUUAAGUUGAUGCUUUAUCUAUA